CUCUCUGCAACUCUUUUUUCUCCAAGGCAUCGGUCGCCUAAUUUGCCCCCAAAUCGCCUCUCACUGUCGCCAUCACCCAAUCUUGAAACCUUGAGCAAAAUCCCCAUUUUCUUUGUUUUCUCCAAUUCCACACCCUUCCUUUCUUUCUGCUUUCAGUUGAUUGACUUCUAUUUCAAUGUUGGAAGAGAGAUAGGUUUUUUAAUCCAUUUCCUCUCCAUUAUUAGGUCUUCGCGCAGGUAUUGUAAAGCUCUGCGGCGUGCAAUGUUUCCACAACACAGAGGAGAAAGGCUGAAUUGGAUGAACAGUUUCACAAUCAGAGGGAUUUACAAAGGAUUCAAAUACACACUUUCUCAAAUCUUUGUAGUGAAAGAUCGUGAAAUCGAGAUCGGAUACCCCACGGAUGUUAAGCAUUUGACACACAUAGGGUGGGAUGGUUCGGCAGGGGGUGCCCCUAGUUGGAUGAGUCAAUUCAAGACUGGACCUGAGUUUGCUACGUCGUCUGUCGCUGCAUUUUCACCAUUGUCGUCGUCAUCCAAAGAGUUCAAGAAUGAGAUGGAUAAAGACGUCCCGGCGACAGAACUUGGUCACACGAAAAAGAAGACCAAGUGGAAGAAGAGUAGGCCAAAUUCAUCGCCAACAAAGUUGAAAGUCGACAUUCUUGAAGGCGUCGCAAAGCCAAACAACAUUGAAGUUGCAUAGAAACCACUCUUACUCUGCUGCAUUACAUGGAAAUCCCGACGAUUAGAAGACUUAGGAAGUUUGCUUAGCAUCGAUGGCGAUGUAAGAAAAAACUAAGCUUUCUUUGCAUUUACGUCGGUUUUGGUUUGUCAAAAGAUCCUCUGCAAUAAUAAUAGAAGUUGCAGCUGUUGGUGUACUUGUAAUACUACAUUUGAUUGA